AUGAGCGUGCACGAAGAGGCGGACUUGGGCGAGGAUCGCCAUGCGCGUAUUGAGCAGAUCUUCCAACGCGUCGAGGAGGAAAGCGAGCGGCGCGCACAGGCCGCUGCAGCAGCAGAGCAGACGCGUGCAGCGUCGCGCCUGUCGCAGACACUCCCGGACGACGCAGCGUCACACACGUCCGGGACCAGCACGUCGUCACCAGUCGCUGUGACGUCGGCAAGGCCGGUCGUUGGAGAUCGGAGACGGGGGAGCGUGUCGGUGUCGAGGUUUGGGCAGGGCUCCGUUGCUAGCAGGAACGGCGACGCGUCCCGCGCGGAGACACCGACGCCUGCGGCAGCGUACGUCGUCAACAAGGGUGCGUUCUACGCCGUACAGGACCACCAACACGGCUCCGCGGACUCGCUCGCCUCCACCGCCGAAGCCAACCCUGUCUCUGCCCAUUCCCCUAGCUCGCCCGCGCACGAGGAAGAGUCCAUCGUGCAGAUGGCGACCAUCGCAGGGCGGCAGUCGCUCUCGCGCGCGUUCACGCGCGGCCUCUCGCGCAGCAAGACGCCGUCGCGAGCGGGCCUGGAGGGCGUGCUCAUCGGCGUGUCCGUCGAAGAGGCCACCGUGGAGCACCACUCUGACGAGGGCGAUGCCACCGAGGAGGCCGGCCCUAGCAGCGCGGGGGCAGCAGCAUCCUCGCUGGCGGUCGAAGGGCUGGAGAGCAGGGCUGGACGCGCCAGGGCGGCCAGCCGUAGCGUGGUCUACGCUGGGAACGGGCCGCCGCCAGGGAGUCCGUUGACACCGGGGCCGGGAACCUCGAGCGGUCCUGCACCUACGGAGCUAAAGGCAAAAGGCUCGAGAGCGUCGUUGCCCGGGACGAACGGUGAGGCCAAGACAGAGCGGAAAUGGCUCUCGCGCGCGAAAACGUUCACGAGGAAGCUGAAGAGAAGGAGCAUGAUGGCGCUGGGGGCAUCACGGUAA